AUGGGCCCCGAUCGGUCCAAGACGAUAUUGUGCUUUCUUGUUACGUUAAGUAUUGUUGGAGCUCAACAAAUAGUGGGAAGAACUCCUCCAGUUAAGGAAAGAGAGUACGCGCACCCGAAAAAUCGUCUCCAGCUUAAAACGCCGAAGGAUGCCAUCUCGGAGCAGGAACUUCGUUCCGAGUAUUGGAUUCAGCAGGCACAGCAGACUCUUAGCAACAAACUUAACCAGAAAGUGGUCACUACAAAGGCCAAGAAUGUGAUAUUCUUUAUCGGCGAUGGAAUGUCACCGCAAACGAUUGCCGCUAGUCGAAUGAUGUUGGGUAACGAAAACGAAUUGCUCUCGUUCGAAACGUUUCCCCACGUAGGCCAGGUGAGGACGUACUGCGUCAACCGGCAGGUGUCUGAUUCCGCUUGUACAGGAACCGCGUACUUGUCCGGUGUUAAGAUUAACUAUGGAAUGCUCAAUUUGGCGGCAUCCGUGCGCAGAUACAGCUGUGAGUAUGAUAAAAAUAACGAAACGGAAAUUGACGGCUUGAUGAAAUGGGCGCAGGAUGCUGGCAAAGCGACUGGAAUCGUGACCACCACUAGAAUUACGGACGCUACUCCUGCUGCGAGCUACGCUCGUAGUGCCACCCGAGGUUGGGAGGGUGAUGGGGAAGUGGCUGAGGACGGAUGUGAUCCCAAGCAGACAAUUGAUAUCGCUCAGCAGCUGGUUUACAAUGAAGUGUCACAAAACUUUAGAGUGAUUCUGGGUGGCGGGCGCAGAUUUUUCCUUCCACGGGAAGCCAGAGAUGAAGAGGGCAGCCGGGGGUAUCGAAUGGAUGGGCGUUAUCUGAUUGGUGAAUGGAUGGCAUUGCACCGAGCGAUGGGUGAGUCGGUGUAUGUCUGGAAUAAAACGCAACUGGUCAGUACAGAUUUUGAGAAGACGGAUUAUCUGUUGGGUUUAUUCGAAGCGAGUCAUUUGAUGUAUAAUUUGGAGGCUCAGCUAGAGGAAACAAGUGCAGCCGAGCCUACACUGUCUGAACUGACGGAAUCGGCUAUCAAAAUGUUACAAAAACACGAGGAGGGGUUUGUGCUGUUCGUUGAGGGGGGAUUAAUUGAUUUAGCCCAUCACAGCAAUCGGCCACGCAUGUCCUUGGACGAAACGGUAGAGUUUUCGAAGGCGAUUGAAGUGGCUCGAAAGUUGACCAGCGUUGAUGACACUCUGAUUGUGGUCAGUUCUGAUCAUAGUCACACGAUGACUUACAAUGGCUAUACUAAACGAGGGCAGGACAUUCUGGGAAUCGCAGAUAUCAGCGAGGAGGAUGGUUUGCCGUACACCACUUUGAGCUAUGCGAACGGGCAAGGCUAUUACGAGACCUACAACCCGGAGAAUCUUGCCGAACGCUUGAACAUCUUAGAGCAGGACUAUUCGGUGUACAACAAACGCUACCUGGCUACCGCUCCACUCAGCUCGGAAACUCACGGUGGCGAAGAUGUUAACGUGUACGCCUCUGGACCUUUGUCACAUAUUUUUGCCGGCAGCUACGAACAAAACACGAUUCCACAUUUGAUUGCGUAUGCCGUCGGGAUUGAAACAUCUCAAAUCGGAGACGAUGACGAAGAGGACGAGGAUGGCGGGGCACAACCAGUGCUGGAAUCGAUUGGUUUGCUCCAGCUGGCGGCAGUUCUUUCAAUGCUCCUGAAUCGUUAA